UACUCCAUAAAUCCCAUCCCAUCCCAUCCCAUCCCAUCGCAGGCGGCAGCGAGAUCAAUAGCCAUGGAGGAAGACAGCAUCGAUUCCAGCGAGAGCUUCAUCUCCCUCUCCCUCUCAUCCAAAGGAGAGCAGCAGGAGCUGAAGCAAGAAGACAGCCAUGAAGAAGAGAAAGCAGCUGCGGGGCAGAACGACGGCCUUCCCAAAGAAGGUGGUGAAGAUGCAGGAGAGGAGUCAUCUGGUGGGGGAAUCGCGAGCAAACUGAUUUCAAACUUAAGCAUCUCAGUUCCAGAUCAAUCUGCUGGGGACGAGCCUGAGAAAGAACAGAGCAAGGAAGAGAAGGAUUCAGCCAGUGCCGGGCUUUUCACCCAUCUCCUGCCCAAGUUGCCUGUUGCUUGGCCAGAUGAACAAUCUCCAACAGCAGAUGAAGCUUUUCUUCUCAUCUCCAUCAUAGAAGAUUAGCAUUAGAACAAGAUGGAUCUAUGGAGGACAAGCUGUAAAAAAAUUUGUUUGGGAUAUGUGAAAUGUAAAAUUUUGGAGGUGGAAAGUCGAUGCAACUUUUUAAUUUUCUUUUUUUUAUUAUGUAUUUUAAACAUAAUUUUCUAUAUUAAAAACCUUAUUUAUUUA